AUGGCACCAGUGCCCACCGACCUCCGUCCGAUCGUGAUCUCCGGGCCCUCAGGCGUAGGCAAAGGAACACUCUACAAGCUCCUGCUCGAGCGGCACCCCGCCAUCUUCGCAACCUCUAUCUCGCAUACCACACGCGACCCGCGACCCGGCGAGACGCGCGAUAUAGACUAUUACUACAUCAGCAUGGCGGAGUUUGAGCAGAUGAUCGAGGAGAAGGCGUUUGUGGAGAAUGCGAAGUUUGGGGGUAACCGGUAUGGGACGAGUAAGAGGACGAUUGGGGAGCUGACGGCGCGGGGGACGGUUGUGGUGUUGGAUAUUGAGAUGGAGGUUUGUUCGCCAUCCCUCUCCCCUUCCCCAUCUUACCUUCUCUUUCACCUCGCGAUUUCUGCCGUUCUACGAGUUUCACAAGAUAAGUGUGUAUUUGGAAUUAUAUUAUGGGGCCUAAUAAGGAUUCGUCAGGGCGUCAAGCAAAUCAAAAACUCCCACAUCGAAGCACGCUACGUCUUCAUCGCACCCCCCUCCAUGGCCGUCCUCGAAAAGCGUCUCCGAGGCCGAGGCACCGAGAAAGAAGAGUCGAUCCAGAAGCGUCUCGCUCAAGCGCGGCUCGAGCUCGAGUACUCCAAGACACCUGGGGCACAUGACCUGAUCAUCGUUAACGAUGAUCUUGAGAACGCGUAUACUGAGUUGGAGCAGUUUGUGUUCAAGAAGCGGACUCAGGAGCAGGAUGCCAAGGACGAGGGAGCUGCGGACGUGAGUGUUGAGGAUUGA